CAAAAAAAUCCUCCAAGGAUGUAUGGCUAAUUUGCAAUUUUGCUAGCGGUCGUCUGGGAACUUCAUCUCCCAGGAAGGACGUCCUUUUCCAGCGUCUCAACGAAGCUUUUUCAACAAAGGCGGUUCGACAUUUUUUGGAUGUUAUCCGAGAAAUAUGCCUUUGUGGUAGGAGGGUAUGGCGGCGGACGUUCGUAAAAAUGAGACCCGCCAGGGUGAGCGCUGCGACGGCCAGAAGGGACACCCGCCUCGGGGCUCCGGCUCCUGGAUCUCAACACGGGCGUGCACCCUGCUCCUGGUUUUUGCGGUUCCCCUUUUGGCUUGGGGCGUCAAGUACCACCAAGAAGCCCACCUCCUCAAGCGACACGAGGACAGUGUUCGAACUCUGGGUGCCGAGGGGCUUUUUCUCUUCUCUUCGUUAGACACGAAUCAUGACCUCUAUCUCAGUCCAGAGGAGUUUAAACCGGUUGUGGAGAAACUCACAGGGAUCACACCACCGGGGGAUAUUGAAGAGGUGGUGAUAGAAGACCCAGAUGGGGAAACUAUAACACUGGAGGCUAGAAUGGAGCCUCUACUUAUGGACUCCAUGACAAAAAGCAAAGAUGGCUUUCUUGGGGUCUCUCACAGUUGCCUGAGCGGGUUGCGCUCAUGGAGGAGUCCGGCCGUGCCUUCUUCUACCUUCUUUGCCAGCCAGUUCAAGGUUUUCCUCCCUCCCAAGAACAAACAGGAGGUAGGAGACACCUGGUGGGUGAUACCCAGCGAGCUUAACAUCUUCACCGGGUACCUGCCCAACAACCGCUACCAUCCUCCCACGCCAAAGGGCAAAGAGGUCUUCAUUCACUCACUGCUGAGCAUGUUUCACCCCCGACCCUUCAUCAAGUCUCGCUUCUCACCUCAGGGCACCAUUGCGUGCAUACGUGCCAGUAACGACUUCUAUUAUGACAUUGUGUUCAGGAUUCACGCCGAGUUCCAGCUCAACGACGUCCCAAAUUUUCCCUUCUGGUUCACGCCGGGCCAAUUUGCAGGCAACAUCGUCCUGUCGAAAGACGCCUCUCACGUGCGACACUUUCACCUCUACGUCCCCAGUGACAAGUCUCUGAAUGUCGACAUGGAAUGGCUGUAUGGCGCCAGCGAGAGCAGCAACAUGGAAGUGGAUAUCGGGUACCUUCCACAGCUGGAGCUGCGAUCCACCGAGCCAUCGACUCCUUCCGUCAUAAUGGACGAGAACGGCAACAUCAUCGACAGCCGAUCAGGCAGCGCCGAUCCGAUCCGUUUCGUCUUUGAGGAGAUUGACUGGCGCUCCGAAAUCGAUCGGAAAGAAGCCGACCGUCUCCUGGAGGUCACUCUAUAUCCCUUCAAAAAGGUUUCCUACCUACCUUUUUCGGAGGCCUUCCAGAGAGCCGAAGCAGAGAAAAAGUUGGUGCAUUCCAUUUUACUUUGGGGAGCGCUUGAUGACCAGUCCUGCUGAGGUUCUGGGCGAACUCUCCGGGAGACCGUCCUGGAAAGUUCGCCCGUUCUGGCUCUGCUCAACCAUAGCUUUGUGAGCAGCUGGUCUCUGGUCAAAGAGCUGGAAAACAUACAGGCUAAUCAGCAGAGCCCCGACCUAAGUGAAAAGGCUAGCUUGCACCUUGACAAGUAUACCUUCCCUGUGGAAAUGAUGGUUGCCCUGCCCAACGGAACCAUUGUCCAUCACAUGAAUGCAAACGUCUUCUUGGACCAGACGUCGAUGAAGCCUGACGAAGGCGAGCAGAUGGAGGGAACCACUUUCAGCUUCUCUGGAGGGUUUGAAGACCCCUCUACUUCCACUUAUAUCAGUUUCCUCAAGGAGGGACUGGAGAAGGCUAAGCAGUUCCUGGAACAGUAGAGCAUGUGUAUUCACAUGUGCGUUUCUUCAUUCCUGUGGCUAAUGAGGUGUGAUAAGUUAUAACUGGUGAAGAACUGAGAGUUCCUCCUCAUUCUGGCAUUAUUUUUGAGCGUUGUGAUGAAAAUCGACUCACCAUGCACAUUCACAGCCUUUAGAAGUGUAGCCUCCAGGCGCUUUUCAGCAGUUUGUGAUAGUUCUGCCCGAAAGCCCUUGUAAGGCCGGGCAGAACUUGAUGUAGUUGCUGAUGAAGCCUGAUGGAAACACACCAAGCUUGCACUCUCUCAACUGAUGCAGCAGAUCCAAGAAUUCAAACAUGUUCAGAAUAUUUAAGCUUGUACUUAUUUAAUACCUUCUGGAGAAGUGAGUUUUCCCUAAUUAGUUUUAUGUAUUUAACAUGCAUUUUGUUAUGUUAGCUGUGGGGGGGAGGGUUUACGCUACACCAAAGAUUGUUAUAAUUUAUACCAGUUGCCUCGCGCCUUCAGAAUGACCCCAGAAAUCAGUCUGAAAAGCUGUUUGCUUCAUACAGAUUCAUCUCAAAACAAAUAUCAGAGUGAUACUAAGGGCGCUUUCACAUUAGACCAAGAGGACCAGGGUCCAGUUGGAGAGAUACCUUGCUACAACACUUGCAAAUGACAUGUUAAAAAGGUUCAGCAUUCACAAUGCGCCAACCGAGCUUUCUGAGUAGCAUCACAUGGAUGAAAGGUGCACUCAUUGAUUGGACAAAUAGAAAAUACCUCCCCAGCGGCAGGGUCGCUCCCUCCCGACUUGAUGUUGAGCGAACGAGUACCGUAAGUUUCGGACUAUAAGCCACCACCCACCAAAUUUGACACGAAAAGGCAUUUGUUCAUUGAUAAGCCGCUCCAGACUAUAAGCCACAGCUGUCCUCACUGUAUUAUGGGAUAUUUACACCAAAAGAUAUUAACCAGUAACACUUUACUUGACAACAGCAUUAUAAGACUGUCAUAACACCAAAUGAACCACCAUGAAGCUUUGAACCAAUUGGCUGCAAAACAUGCUUCAAGAAGCUUAAUUUGGCUAUCACUGCUCCCUUGGGGGUGACAGUCCGCCUCUGCUGCCACCUGCUGUAAACACGGUUGUCGUCCAACAUGCCUCCUAGCAUGCAUUGCAGCGUUGCAGAUGUAAAUAAUCAAAAUUUAUCAAACGAUUAAAUUUUUUAAUCGAAUUAAUUACAGCUUAAAAAUUAAUUGUAAUUAAUCGCAAUUAAUACCAUCUAUAAAAUAUGCCAUAUUUUUCUGUAAAUUAUUGUUGGAAUGGAAAGAUAAGAUGGAUAUAUACAUUCAGCAUACCAUACAUAAGGACUGUAUUUGUUUAUCAUAACAAGAUGGCAUUAACAUUAUUAACAUUCUGUUAAAGCGAUGGAUGGAUAGAGGGACUUGUAGUUCUUAAAAGAAAAAUGUUAGUACAAGUUAUAGAAAUGUUAUAUUAAAAACCCUCUUAAUGUUUUCGUUUUAAUAAAAUUUGUAAAAAUUUCAAUCAAAAAAUAAACUAGUAGCCUGCCAUUGUUAAUGUCAAUAAUUACUUACACAACGCUCAUGGGUGCUGAAGCCUAUAAAAUCAGUCGCACCCAAGCGCCAGCAGAGGGCGGCAAAACUCCAUAAAACACAAUUAACAAGUGGGCAUUUCACUGUACUGUCAUUUAAAUCUGAGCGGGGCAUGUGUUAAUUGCGUCAAAUAUUUUAACGUGAUUAAUUCAAAAAAUUAAUUACCGCCCGCGAUAAUUUUGACAGCCCUAAAAUUUAUGUUCUGAUCUAAUCAUUUCUUUACUGUUCCAGUUAUUUCAUUAAUUGCUAGUUAUGGUAAGCAUUAAUGCCCAUGCUUGUGUCGCCAUAAUUAUGAUGGUCUAUUUGCAGUCUUAUGACACUGCAGUCCGAAAAUUACGGUAUAUAAAAAAUGCAUAGGGCAAAAUUAACCGUGAAACCGCGUGGUACCUCAAAUCACACAGGCGUGCAAACGCUCUCACUUUCAUGACUUUUUCGACUGUCAAAUUGUCGCCACUUCCAGGAGAGCGAGACUCAGGGCCGCCCCGAGAGGCUCCGCCUGUCUCGGCCACUGUCACUCUCACACGCUACAUUCACAGAGCUGCCAGCUUUUAGAAAAACCUAGGAGUGAGAUUUUGUUGGGGGUGACCAAAAUUUUGCCCCGUGAGAAAUUGGAUGUGUGGCGCGUGUGCGUGAGAAAACAGGCAAUUGCGUGUGUCUCACGCUCAAAGCAUGAGGGUUUGCAACGUAGUCCAUCGUUAGCAUUUGCUAACGAUGGACUACAUUAGCCUAUUUGGUUGACCAAUGUUACUAACCGUUAUAUAUGCAGGAACAGCAUGCAACACACAACUGCCACAUUUGAACCUGAUUCUGUGUAUCAAAUGCAUCUGCUUAGCGCAGCAAAACAACAUUUGGCCGGGGUGAAUCGUCUGUCUUCUUGCCAUUGUUGCCCUGCAUGUAACGCUGCACAUAAAGUAGCAAAAGCGGACCUUGCUCCUGUUGCAUUACCAAGCGAAGCAAGGUGCGCUUAGAGCGGACCGAGACCCACAAUUCCUGAGCGGACCGGAGAUCGUUUUGUUUGGUCCGAGCUAGAGUUCGGAUGAGUGUUCACAUUUACAAAACAAAGCGGACUAUCCGGGAAAAAAACUGGUCCAUUUGAAAUGGACCAAACAGGGCUAGUGUGAAAGCGCCUUGUAAAUUGAAAGAUAGAAUGAAUUUGAAUGGAAACACCGUAAUCCUAUAACUUUUUGUACCAUACAAAUAAACUGUUUUGUCUUCAUGUUUGUUUUUACAAACACUGCGAUUUGUUUACAUCCCAUACACAGGUUAGCUUGCAAAUGUGUCUGACAAACUGAAACAAUGACAGAUUUUAAAAUUCUGUUCCGUCAGAAGCAUUAAUUUAACCAUAUUUGGUACGAGAGCCUUAUUGGAAUGUAAAGGAUUAUUUUUUUCAUGGCAAAUGAAAAUGAAAAUUUGCACAUGCAUACAUACUUGGCGUAAAUUUCGAUAAUUUUGUGACCUUGUGAAAAACCGUAAGAAAAUGGCUCAGUGGUGCCCCCUUGAAUUUUUCUAAAAGGCCUAUCCUGUUGAAAUGAAAUUUGGUGAGUCGAUACCUUGUGCAAAACUGCAUUAAAAAAAAAGUCUUGGACCCAUAUUCCAAAACCGGAAACGGGAAAUCGGGUAUUUUGGAUUGAAUGUGAAAUUUACAUUGAAUUACAGGGUGUAUAUCUGAGAUAUUGGCACCUCGGGAGUUAGUUGGAUCCUCCUCAACAUUGGUGAGACUGUUCAUGAGACAUAAGAGAUCUUCAGUUAUCAAAAUGGUGAGUUUUCUUUCACGUGCCUGACCUGGGCGGGGUGCCAAAGUCGACCAUUUUUUUGGGCAACACGUCAAAUUCAGUAAAUGACUAAUAACUCCCUAACCCAAGAUGCAGGCAUGUUCAUAUCUGGCUUGUAUGAAAGAUAUCCCAGCCUGAACGCGACUACGUUGAAAUGUUACCCAUUAGGCCUGGCGCCCCCUGCUGGGAACAGGGAACACCCUUUUGUACUGGACAGACUCCUCCAAGGGAAAAAAAAUCAAUUGACCUCAAACCUGCUUCAGGGGAGCCUGAAGACAUGUGUUCAUGUGCCUGAUGAAAAAUGUUGAGGUUUCGUUGAAGCAGAGGGGUCCAAACAGGAAAGUGAAAAAGACUGUCGCCACUUUGUCACGCCACAAAUUUUGAACAGUCCAAACUUGGCAGACAUACAAAAUAUAUGUGCAAACUGCCCAUGCUUGGUAAGCGUCUUACCCUGAAGAGUCCUGUAGGGGUCAUUUGAAUCAACUUUGCAGCGCCAACUAAUGGCAGCAGAAAGUCACUCAUUUUACAAAUAUAAGUCCAGUUCUUUUCAAGUGUGUCAUUGUAUUCACAAGACUUUUUUGUAAUACUACAUUUUAAGGCCCAUGUCCACAUGUCUGUCUGUUGCCGUGACAACCCUUUGUUAGCCAUUAAAAGUAGAUUUUUUCAGGGAUUUAGGCAGCUUAGAGAGCCACGAAAUUUGGUACACUUGGUCGAAUUGGCCCAAUUAGACCAUUCAUUUUGGUUUUGAACAAAGGCGUGGCUGCACAGCUCAGUAGCGCCUCUUUUUUUGCAGGACCCUCUUCAAAAGGGUUGUUUUUACCCCUAGGUGUGUGAAUGCAUUUCUAAUCCCAAAAAAGAGGCAGGUUUCGCGUUAGGUUCUCAUGAGAUGAGAGGGAGACGAUCUGCCACCACCCUGACCUGCGUGACGUCUGAGUUGCGCCAAAAUGCGAGGGCCCGUUCAGUCCUGCUUGUAGGCCUAGUGAUUAUUGUAGUUGUAGAACUGCAGUUCUGCACUGCAUCCAACUGACAUGGCAAUUCUAAAAUGUUAUGUUACAUCAAUGGCAGCUAAUCAGUUAAAUAGCCAUGCAAUUUG